AUGAUCCGACAAUGCCUAUCCCGACGUGCUGCUUAUCCCUGUUACCGAAUUGUAGCGGGUGGAACUGAGCCCACGGGCUGUCUCUAUCCCCAGAGCUGCCGCAUAUCAAGGAGGGGGAGGGAUUGGUCCUCUACUUCUCGACGGGCUAUAGAUACCCAGACGUCUGGUGCGAGCAACGGCGCCGACUACGUUCCUUUGCGUCAACAAUUGAAAGAGCAGGCUAGAGCGAAGCGGGCAGCGAAAAGGAAGGGCGAAGUUUCACCGCCAGAACAUGAGGAUUGGGAACUGACUGUGGGCAUUGAGAUACAUGCGCAAUUAGAUACGGAUACAAAACUAUUUUCAAGAGCCUCUGCGGCCAUUGAUGAUGUCCCAAACUCAAACGUAGCACUCUUUGAUGUUGCAUUGCCAGGAAGCCAACCGUUGUUUCAACCAGCCACCUUGAUACCCGCACUACGCGCGGCCAUUGCCCUGAACUGCGAUGUGCAGCGGGUCAGUCGUUUUGACAGAAAACAUUACUUCUAUCAGGACCAGCCUGCGGGCUAUCAAAUAACCCAAUACUACGAACCGUACGCGAAAAAUGGCAGCAUUUGGUUGGGAUCACACGAUGGCAUUGCUAAGGAGGACGGGGUCGGCGUUGAAAUCGGUAUAAAACAAAUACAGAUGGAGCAGGAUACGGCGAAAUCACAAGAACUUCCAUCGUCCACAUACCUUCUUGACUUCAACCGUGUUUCGCGCCCUCUUAUCGAAAUAAUAACGCUACCGCAGAUCCACUCGCCAGCAACAGCCGCUGCUUGCGUGAGAAAAAUCCAGACGAUCCUUCAGUCCGUCGGAGCAGUGACAACGGGGAUGGAAAUGGGAGGCCUAAGGGCUGACGUUAACGUAUCUGUAAGAAAACGGAGCGAGGGGGUUGGUGACCAUCAAUACCACGGAGUAACAGGACUCGGCCAACGAACCGAAAUCAAAAAUCUAAGCAGUUUCAAAGCUGUCGAAGAUGCUAUCAUUGCAGAACGAGACCGUCAAAUCGCGGUACUUAGAGCAGGUGGCGCCAUUGAGGGAGAGACACGAGGCUGGACACUUGGCAGCACCGAGACCAGGAAACUACGGGGGAAGGAGGGGGAAGUGGACUACCGAUACAUGCCGGAUCCUGAUCUGGGGCCAGUGAUAAUAGGAUACGAUGUUCUUUGUGAACUCAAGGCGAAGCUGCCAGUUCUGCCCGAUGCGCUCUUACAUAAUCUUGUCCAAGAUCCGAAAUACGGACUCUCUAUUGACGAUGCCAAGACAUUGAUUGAACUCGAUGACGGAGAUCGGCUAGAUUACUAUAAAGAUGCUGUUGAUAUUCUAGUUACCCUCCAAAAGGACCUAUCCGACGAUUUCAGUGGCGGGAAGGUGGUUGGCAAUUGGGUGCUGCAUGAACUCGGAGGCCUGCUAACCAAAUCAAACCUCCACUGGGACUCAGAACGGGUCCCAGCACAAAGUCUAGCGGAAAUUAUCAACCUGCUCUCCCGAAAUAAAAUAACCGGCAGCACGGCGAAAUCUCUCUUUGCAAUGGUGUUUGACGGCGACAAGCGGUCUAUCGGUCAGAUUGUGGAGGACGAAAAUCUCCUUCUCCAAAGCCUUUCCCGGGAAGAAUACAUCGCGCUAGCCGAGGAGGUUAUGCGCCAGAACCCCAAGAUGGUGAUGGAAAUCUGCGAGAAACGCCAGCUGGGCAAGAUUGGCUGGUUGGUUGGACAGAUUAAGCGGAUUGGUGAUAGGAAUAGAGUCGAGGCGCAAAAGGCCGAGGAGAUUCUACGGGAGCUUAUACUUAAAUAG